CAAAAACGUAUAUUCUCAAUAAUUUAAACAACAUAGAAUCGUCCCUUGACUGUGUUGCGAUAAGUUGUUAGUGAGAUUUCUUUUAUACUUAUUAAAUAGUACGUUUUUCAUACUUUUUGAAAAUGUAUGAACGUGUAUUUCAUCGCUUGUUUUAUUCCAGUGCUGUUAUAAAUUACUCGGAGUGAAGAAUUUCACUGCUUGAAACAGGGAAACUAUCUAUACAAGUUAAACCUGAGUGCGAGAUAAGUGUCUGAUAGCUUGACCGGCAUUUUAAAACUGGAUGAUGGCUUUCAAAACUGGCUGAUAGCUUGACCGCAGUCACCGCAGGUACCAUGCAUCGAACUACACACAGGGUUAAACUUCUAAACCCUGCCUGUUUUCCGAAUUCCUUUUCUGGGAUUAAUGAAAUCCCAACUCGGCUGCCAAAGAUGGGGCCUAAAUUACCGAAACAUGUCUUAACUUGGCUGCUGUGUGAACAAAAAUAAUCAAAUUUCAUGGCUCAAACUGACGACAACGCGAGUCAUUUCCAGUUACACAAACCUGGGGGCUUGUGGAAGCUUGAACUCCAAAAACAGACACGCAACUUCAGAAUGAAAUUUCCUAUUCACUUUCCCUGGAUGCCUGUAUUGGGAUAUCUUAGUCCAGUCAUGGAACAGCAGAAUUAUGGAUAAUAUUUCUGUUGGAAAAUAAAAGAAAAACAACUUGGAUAAAGUAUAUAGAUUCCCUGUGUGAAAACUCUUCUGCCAUGGAAGAUAACGAGACGAUCUUCCCUGAAGAAGAGGAAAGCAUCGUGAGUAAUGAGGCUUCCACAAUCAUCGGUACCCUAAUCCUGACCCUGGUUUUCUUGAUCGGAGUUCCGGGGAAUCUUUUCAUAAUCUGGAGUAUAUUAUUCCGGAUCCGGAAGCGCUCCGUCACCUGCCUCCUGAUUCUUAACCUCGCGCUGGCAGACGGGACUCUGAUGCUCCUGACUCCCUUCUUCAUCGUGUACUUGGCGUUGCAAGACUGGGUUUUUGGGAUGGUCUUGUGCAAGACCUUGUUCUACCUCUGCUGUAUGAACAUGUACGCCAGCAUCUUUGUCAUUACGCUUCUGAGCCUUGAUCGUUUGGCAGCAGUGGCUUGGCCCCAUAAAGUGCCCGUUUUACGGAAGAAAGGGUUAGUGAUCAAGGUUUUGAUCAUACUGUGGAUGAUGACUUUGGCGUUUGCAGUUCCUGCGGUCGUGUAUCGAACAAUAAGGAGCGAUCCAGAGGGAGGCAGAGCAAGGGAGAACCGGACUGUCUGCUUGGCUUUCCACCAGAGCAGGGGCCACGAGGUGUUCCAGUACGGGUUUGAGACGUUCUUCGGGUUCGUGGUCCCGUUCUCUGUGAUUGUGGGGAGUUAUGGGUACAUCUUGCGCCAUUUACGGAGCUCCAAGUUUCAGCGGCGCAUCCGCAGUGAGAAGCUGAUCCUGGCGAUCGUCGUGAUGUUUGGAGUCCUGUGGCUGCCCUACCAUGUGGUCAAUCUCAUUCAGGUGGUGGCAGUCCUCUCUCCGGAGGCUCUCCAGAGUCGGCUGGACCACGUGUGGAAGAGCUGCCGCGUCGUGACCUCAGCCCUGGCAUUCAUCAGCAGCUGCAUGAACCCCGUGCUCUACACCUUCGCAGGGAAGGGCUACAUGAAGACCGCCGGCCUCAACUUCAUGGCCAAGCUCUUUGAAGGCACGGCCCCUGACUCAGCCGACAAGAAAGCACGUCAAGCCAAGGACCAAAGCCCACAGCCCAGUAAGGACCGCAUCUGCCAGGAGUCUGUGGAGCUUCAGGGAAGCAAGGACACCUCCACUGUUGGGUGAACCAGUGCAGAAAGCACUAACCAGGCCUGGAGAUCUCGAACUGGCUUUAUUGAUGUUAUUACCUUUUAUUAUGUUGUUUUUUGAGUUUUGAAGAGAUUAGAGCUGUGCUGUGUCACAUGUUUUAAGAUUGAAAAUAUUUCAAGGACACCCAGUAGUCUUCGGUAGAAUCAAAUGCAAUCAAAAUGCAGCAUGUUACUGUUGUCCUUAACAAGCAGAGCACAACGUGAGCCGUGUCUUAGUCUAGUUAUUUAGUCAGCUUUUUUUAUUUGUUAGUUUAGUUUUUUUCUCUGGUUAUCGGACAGCUCUUACAGAACAAAGGAGUCUUCAAUGGAUCUGUACUGGACUGUACUAAGAAAGAAAGACAUUAGUUAUUAGGUUGUGUUCAGUUUGACACUACACUACAAUUCCUUCUUGGUGUCUGUGUUAGUUUACUACAUUCUGAAAAGAGUUUAGUUUCAUUAAAGCUUCAGGCAGACAGAGCCCCACAAUCCUGUUCAGUUGACACUACAAUAGAAUUUCUUCUUGGUGUCUGUGUUAGUUUACUACAUUCUUCCAGAGUUUAGUUCCAUUAAAGCUGCAGAGACAGACAGGCAGACUGUAUCAGUUUGACACUACAAUAUAAUUAAAAUAAGAAUAUUAAAAGAAGCAUGUGUUGAGAAAGCCCCAUUAACUGCAAAUGCAAGCCUAAAACUGCAAGGAACAAGGGCACAUGGUUAUACUAUGAAUUUACCAUAAUUACCAUUGACUGACAUGUUUUUUAAUAUGCUUUACCAUACCUCUCUGUGCUUUACCAUGCUAUCACGGUGCUUUAUUGCACUUUACUGUGAUUUUACUAUGGGAAACUUUUAUAAGGGUUAGUUUAGCACAGUUUGUUUUUUUUAAUAUGCUUUACCAUGCCUCUCUGUGCUUUACAAUGCUUCCCUAUGCUUUACCAGACCUCUCUGUGCUUUACAAUGCUUCCCUAUGCUUUACCAGACCUGUCUGUGCUUUACAAUGCUUCCCUAUGCUUUACCACACCUCUCUGUGCUUUACAAUGCUUCCCUAUGCUUUACCAGACCUGUCUGUGCUUUACAAUGCUUCCCUAUGCUUUACCACACCUCUCUGUGCUUUACAAUGCUUCCCUAUACUUUACCAGACCUCUCUGUGCUUUACAAUGCUUCCCUAUGCUUUACCAGACCUCUCUGUGCUUUACAAUGCUUCCCUAUGCUUUACCACACCUCUCUGUGCUUUACAAUGCUUCCCUAUGCUUUACCAGACCUCUCUGUGCUUUACAAUGCUUCCCUAUGCUUUACCAGACCUCUCUGUGCUUUACAAUGCUUCCCUAUGCUUUACCAGACCUCUCUGUGCUUUACAAUGCUUCCCUAUGCUUUACCAGACCUCUCUGUGCUUUACAAUGCUUCCCUAUGCUUUACCAUGCUUUCACUAUGCUUUAUUACACUUUGCUGGGCUUAUUAUGGAGAACAUUAUUAAGGGGGAAACCUACUAUCUAGAGAAUGAAACUUAGAAUAGAUAAUAGCCCUUUCUUUAUUCACUGUUGUGUUUAAUUUUUUAAAAUGUAAAUAUUGUGUGUGAAUAUACCGUAUUACUUCGAAUUAACGCAGCCCUCAAAUUAACGCCUCACUCAGAUAUCAGCUUCUUAACAGACACCGCCCUUGAAUAAACGCCGCUCUCAAUAAAGAAACGUAAAGGUAUUUUUUUCUAUCCCUGAAAAAAAAAUAAUAAUAAAGAAAGAAACGCUCAACUCUGGCUAUGUGCAUGACGCCCCCGAAGAGACUGCAACCUCAAUCCAGCAUGUAAUACAAACUAAUGUACACCCACUUAGUAUGCAAAUGUUAUUUAAUAGUACUAACUAUAUAUAACAAAACUUGCUUACUAUCUAUGCGAUUUAGUUUUGGUUUCUCUUACAGAGAAAUUACAAACAAGCAGGUAAAUUACAGUGAGAAAAAAAAUAAUAAUAACCGAGUAGGAUAUAUAUUAGUUUUAACAGAAAUCAAACCGAUAUUCAAAAGUAAGAUUUUGCGUUAAGAACUGCAUCACACUUAACUACCGUUCUGUCUCCACUUCUUGUACCGCCCCAUAGCAACCAAUACACAAUCCUGAUUCGCUGGUACAGUGCUCCCCUGACCACCCAACUCCCACCUAAUUGGCUCUCGUUAACUGUCAGUAAAUGUACUGUAUUCAAGCCCCAAAACACAGAAGAGUAUUAUUGCUGCAGAUCGGAGGCUGUCAUGGCGCCGCUUCUAAAAUGCCUUAAAACAUGUAAUAAAAUACUGCACCGUUCAGAGACCAUAGUAUUUCUGAUAAACGCCGCCCUCGAAUAAAUGUCACCCUCAAUUAAAUUAACAAUGUAAAAUAAACGCUACAGCGCUAAUUCAAAGUAAUACGGUAGCUGUAGCCUGUCUAGGAAUGGCCAGACCAAUAAGUUUGGGUUUUCAUUUAAAAAAAAAAAAAAACCCUCAACCUAACCAAUUUACCUAUCAGUCAACUGAAUUUUUGGAAGGUAAAUCUAUAUAAUAAAUGCAAUAUUCAUGCAGGCCUUUUAUUGUGUAUAUUCCAUCUGCAGCGCUGGAAUUUAAAAAAAAGAAAGAUUUAUUUUUCUGUGUUUAUUUGUUUCACAGACAUAUUGUUUGUGAUCAAUAAAGCAAAUAACAAUA